AUGAGAAAAGUGAUACUUUACACUGCUAUUAGUAUAGAUGGUUUCAUAGCAAGAGAAGAUGGAAAUAUUGAUUGGCUAUCAACAUUUGACGACGGAGCUAAUGAUGAUCAUGACUAUAAAUUAUUUUAUGAAAAUAUUGAUGUUACUUUAAUGGGAAAUAAAACUUAUCAACAAGUGUUGACUUUUCCUGUACCUUUUCCGUAUCCAGAUAAAAAGAAUUAUGUAUUUUCUCAUGAAAAACAAAAGUCGAAUGAAUUCGUAGAGUUUGUUAACGAUGAUAUUUAUGAAUUUAUUAAUCAUUUAAAAAAACAACCAGGAAAAGAUAUAUGGCUAGUUGGUGGUGCUCAGCUAAAUCAACUGCUACUGAGCUUCGGUUUAAUUGAUGAAAUUAUAAUGACUAUAAUUCCAAUUGCUCUUGGCAAAGGUAUUAGUAUAUUUGGACAGCAAUCAAUCGAACAAAAAUUUAAAUAUUCUGAUUCGAAAAUAUUUUCAACUGGUUGCGUUCAAAUUAAAUAUACUAUUUAA